UUUUGAAUGUUCAAAAAAACCACACCCCCCACACGCACACUCUCUUCGACAGUUCUAACGGGACACGCUCUCUCUCUCUUUGUUAUCCGCUGUUUUCUCUCUAGGUGUUUUUUGUUCUUUCUAGAAAAUGUUUCUUUUUUUAUCCUUUUCUUUUAAUUAUUUUCAAGAUCUGGUAAUACUACCUGUCUUUGGAAAUAAAGAAGCUGAAAAAAAAUUAAUUUAAGUGUUUUUUUUUUUAUUUCUUAAGUUCAGUUAUAUGAUUUUCUUGGAUCCUUCCUCUCUAUUUCUCGCUUGCUUCUUUGCGGGAUUUCCGAUCUAGAUUUCUGCUGCUGCUGCUACAUUGCAUUGCACUGCAUGUUUUUUUUUUUUUUGAGUGAUAAUAAUGGAGAGAUUUCAGCUCAGAAGGUCCAAUUCCUCGCUUAUUUCUCCUCUUCAUAGUCAUAAUCUUAGCAGAGAAGGAAACGGGCUGGUCGGAAAACCGAGAAACUUCCCAAAUUUGGCCUCUGAUUCUAGUUCUCAGAGCGGCGACGAUCUGUUCACUUGUGAGUUGGGGCGGAGAUCUCCAAAACAAGCAGCUGGAACACCAAUAAAAAAGUUAUUAGAAGAAGAGAUGUCAAGAAAAUCUGAUUCCAAAAGAAGGUCACCGAGUGUUAUUGCCAGAUUGAUGGGCCUUGAUGGGUUACCACCGCAGCAAUCUUCUCAUAAACAACAAAAGAAGUCCUUGGAGAACUACACACAAAGGAUGGUAUUGACAGAGAAAGCUCAAAGAAACAAUGCCUCGUAUGGUCGGCGGUCAUCCAGAAAAAGCUCGAAGGAUGAGCAAGAAUUUAAAGAUGUAUUUGAAGUUUUAGACCCAUCAAAGAUAGAUAGUAGUAGUUACUCGUCACGGGGAACUGCACACUCAAAGCUCUCAGCGGCAGAGAUGGCAUUCAUUCAGCAGAAAUUCAUGGAUGCUAAACGGCUUUCAACUGAUGAAAAGCUUCAGAAUUCAAGGGAAUUUCAUGAUGCUAUUGAGGAUCUGGACUCCAACAAGGAUCUUUUGCUGAAAUACCUUCAGCAGCCAGAUUCCCUGUUCACAAAGCAUCUGCAUGAUCUACAAGGUGUCCCUACACAAUCCCAUUGUGGUCAGACUCGCAUAUCAGCUAUGAAGCCAUCACAUCCUCCACACUGUGGGAGCAGUGGCCUAGGCUCCAAUGUAGAGAGGCAAACUGCAUUGAAGAAUCGAAGAAAUUCCCAUGUUGAUCCUGCUAGCCACUCUCAUGGCAAGCAUGGAGCUCAAAACCCAGUCGAGUUGUCAAAAAUUCAACCGGAUCAAAAAGACGAGUCCGCCAUUCUCCCUACAAGGAUUGUUGUUCUGAAACCAAAUCUUGGGAGAACGCAGAAUUCUACAAAAAAUACUUCAUCACCUCAAUAUUCUCGUGCUUCACCUUUAGAUUGUAGGCAACACACCGAACCUCCUGGUAUCAAGAACAGGGAGGUGGUGUCAUAUGGAAAGAAAAAGUUUCCUGAUGAUGCAGGGCCCUCAAGGUAUAAGUCUAGAGAAUCUAGAGAAAUCGCAAAGGAAAUAACUAGGCAAAUGAGGGAAAGUUUUGGCAACGGCUCCAUGAGUUUUUCAACACCUGCUUUUAUAGGGUAUGCAAGGGAUGAGAGUUCGCCAGACAUGUCUGAAAAUGAGUCUGCAAAUGAAUCAGAGGAGACAACAGUGACUUCCAGAAAUUCCGUUGAUUGGAGCAACCGAUACAGACCUUCAUCAUCAUGCUCUACCGAGUCAUCAGUGAGCAGAGAGGCCAGGAAGAGACUUUCAGAGAGGUGGAAAAUGACUCAUAAGUCUGUGGACAUGGGAAUCGUUAGUCGUAGCAACACACUAGGUGAAAUGCUUGCUAUCCCAGAUUUGGAAACAAGGUCGGGAAAUUCAGAUGCAAUGAUCUGCAAAAAAGUAUUUAGUGAUAAAGGUGAUCGCAAACAUGGAGCAGUUAGGAGGGAUGAACCUUUGGGUAUUAGCAGCAGGGAAGGCUGGAAGGAUGUUGGUGCCGGAAAUCUAUCUAGAUCAAGGUCUGUGCCUGCUACAUCUACUGUUAUCAGCAGUCCUAGACUAGGCAUGCGCCAUGAAAAUGUAUGCCAUGACAGAUAUAUAAUCCCAAAGCAAUUGAUCCAGCAGGAAAGAAACAGAACAAUAAAAGGCAAUUUCAGUAAGAGAGAAUGUUCACCUUCUAGAAAUUCCAGAUCCCCUACUAAGAAUUCUCACAUGUCUAGCUGCUCAUAUAGAAAUCACAGUGACACUUUCCAGGAAGUUAAUUUUGGUUUGGAUCAAGUGCAGAGCGAGAUCGCAGAAGAUGAUUCACUUGAACAAAUUUGUACAGUUUCUGAGACACCAGAUUCUAUUGUCACAGAUACAAGUUUAGUUGUUGAAAAUGCGGUGGAUGUGGCAAUUGAGAACAAAGCCAUGCCUUCGAUGCCUAUUAACCAAGAAUCAUCAACUUAUAUGUUGGUAAAAGGCGAUUCCUCUACUAGUGAUCUGGAAGUUUUAAGUUCACAGAAACCAUCAAAUGGGCCAUCCGAUAAAGGUUCAGUUUCCAUGCAGCAACCUGUAGCCAAAGUAGAAUCUCCAGCAUGCUCGAAGGAGGCUGAUCAACCCAGUCCUGUCUCUGUUCUUGAAACUCCUUUUCCAGACGACCUGUCAUCUGGUUCUGAGUGCUUUGAGAGUCUCAGCGCUGACCUGAAUGGACUUCGGAUGCAGCUUCAACUACUUAGGUUGGAGUCAGAAGCAUAUGAGGAAGGACCCAUGCUCAUCUCAAGUGAUGAAGAUGCCGAGGAGGGCCCUGUUGGAUUUACAGAAGAGAGACAAAUAGCUGCCGAGAGCAAGGAAUUUUCCUACAUAGUAGAUGUAUGUUUAGGCUCUGGUAUUAAUGAUGCUGAUCUCGAUACUUUUCUGAGAACAUUGCACUCCCCAGAAUGCCCUGUCAACCCCUUGAUAUUUGAAGAACUUGAGAAGAAGUACUGUAAUCAUGCAUCCUGGCCAAGGUCUGAAAGGAGGCUGCUGUUUGACCGUCUAAACAUAGCCCUUCUGAUGAUUUACCAGCAACAUGCAAAUUCACACCCGUGGGUGAGGUCUGCAACUAUGAUUAAUCCCAAGUGGAUAAAAAAUGGACUCAAGGAUUGUCUUCGCAAAUUGAUUGGUAGCCAAGUUACAACAGCUAACGAGGACGUCGCAGCGGACAAGAUACUGGAAGGGGAAUCGCCGUGGUUGGAUGUGAGGGAGGACGUUGAUGUAAUAGGUAGGGAAAUUGAGAGGCUAUUGACAGAAGAGUUAGUAAGAGAGCUAGUAGCAGUGUAGGCACACGAGUUCCUUUGGAUUUAGGAGGGUAACGUAUACUACGGAAAUGUAGGAAUGAAAUCAUCAUUUCCUUAGAUGAUGAAUAAAUUGAUGAACUCCUCUUUGCAUAGAAAACAAAA